CUAUAACAAACGCACUCUCUUCCGUAGUGAUCGAGGUAGCGGAGUCUCACUUUUAAUCAUCUCUUUCAGCUGUGGAACCGUUGAUUCAGUUGCUUUGACAACACUUACCUUCAAUUGCGAUGGACUUGUAGGUCGAUAUGUGAACAUCUUCUUGCCGGGACUGGAUAACACCUUGACCCUGUGCGAGGUUGAGAUAUUUGCAUCAAAAAGUCCUUAUAUCCAUAUCCCGUUAGAAAAUGACACGAGAGCCACGUCCGCACCUGAUACGAAAGCGCACACUCCCGUCCAAAACCCGCCCGUAAAGGGAACGAAACUCCCGCCAAUAUCUGGAACGAAAAUCCCGUCCGCAAUGGAAACGACCACCCAGUCCGCAGAGGGAACGACGCCCGAGUCCGCAGAGGGAAAGGAAAUACCGCCCAAACCUGGAACGAAUAUCCCGCCAACAACCGUAAGGAAUCUUUCGUUCGGAACUGGAACACAUCUACUGUCUGGAGCUGGAACAGGUAGGCUCAACGCCCCGCUAAUGCUGUGGUUAUAGACAUUGAGGCACCCUCAGCUACGAAAUCUCUCAUUGAUACUGUUUCUGGACGGAUGGAAUCAUGUUAGCCCCAGUUUUCCUAACAUCUGGUUAAAACAAAUCCUCAGCAUCUCCUUCCUAAUGGUAUGUCCUUUUAUUCUGCAUCUGUGCGCUCUGAUGCUAAACUCUCACACUACUGGAGACAUGCUUCCUACAUUUACACUAUCCAGACCUUCCACUGCACGAUGUUUCAAUGAUAUACCCAAUGAUCCAUUACUACUCCAGCGAAUACACGGUACGGACAAGUCAACAGAUCUCCAUAUGUUAUAUCAAUCAUCCCUGGUAAUCUGUUAAUCCUCCGCUGGACCCUCUACAAUGCCAGCACAUCCGUCCUCGGAUAUGGGGACCAAAACAGUUCACAGUAUUCCAAAUGCGCUCUGCCCAGUGCCUUAUAAAGCCUCUGUAUUUGACCCCUGCUUUUAAAUUAUAGCUCUCUGGAUAUAAAUGCUAACAUUGAAUUUGCAUUCCUGAACACCGGUUCAAAUUGCAAAUUAACCUUUUGGGAAUCCAGCACCAGCAACCCCAAGUCCAUUUGUACCUCCGAUUUCUGAAUCUCUCCUACAUUGAAAAACACUGCACUUUUAUUUAUUUUUCCAAUUUGCACUCACUUUGUUAUGCUGUCUUCCAUCUGCGACUUAUUUGCCUCUCUCCCAACUCGCCCAGGCCAUUCUACAGAUUCGCUGCUUCCACUGCAUGACCUGGCCUCCAGUUAUCUUUGUAUUAUCCGCAACAUUAAGUUGGGAUAAUGCUUAAUAUCCUAACAUAAGCAUUAAUUCCAUCAUUCACAUCAUUGAUAUACCAUGUGCAAAGUGCCGGACCUAACACAACACCUUGUGAACAACGCCACUCACUGGCAACCAACCAGAAAAAUAAACAUGAUUCCGUCGCUUUGCCUUCCAUACAGCCAACCUGAUAUCCAUGCUGGUCAUCCCUUGAGUUGUAGUGCAAUCUGGAUAUUUUAACCCGCCUCAGCGCGGUUCUCAGAUCACUGUUCUCUCGUUCAAUUCCUAUAAUGCUAUAACACCAUUUUAUACAAUCUAUUGUUUUAUUUCUAAUUUACCUGUUGUUCGUGUGUACGGCUCAUUGCACUAACAUUAUGUACAAUACAAAUAAGUGUUUACACUACAUCUCGCUUCAGUUGACCACACUAAAUCAGAACGAAUGUCAAUCAAAUAUACUGAUGACCCAACUACUGAUAGCAGGACAACAUCCAUUGGUAUUAGAUCUCCCCCUUUCGGCUCAGUGAGGUGUUUUCCACCAAACAGAAAACGUGGCGCUCGGAAUGAGUGCGACCCAGUCCAGCAUAGAUGAGGGGGCAGUUGCUGAACGAGCCAAUGACGGGACCAUCGACACCGACUUCACGCAUGGUUCAUGCGCGCGCACCAUUAAAUCGAAGAACCCUUGGUGGAGAGUCGAUCUAAAGGAAAGCUACAGCGUGUCAGAUGUAAGAAUCACCAACAGAGCAGACUGCUGCUCGGACCAGCUCCUAGGAGCCGAGAUCCACAUCGGGGACUCGCUGGAGAACGAUGGCAAUUCCAACACACGCUGUGGAAUCGUGGAUUCAGUUGCUGGGACGACGUUGACCUUCAAUUGCGGUGGAAUUGUCGGUCAAUAUGUGAACAUCGUCAUCCCAGGCCCGGAUAAAAUUUUAACCCUGUGCGAGGUUGAGAUAUUUGGCUCAGAACUCCCGCACUUCCAUGGAAAAGAAAAUCUGGCGUUCGGAGCCAGUCCGAUCCAAUCCAGCACGGAUGAAGGGGCAGUUGCUGAGCGAGCCAAUGACGGUAACAGCGACAGCGACUUCAGGCAUGGUUCAUGCUCGCGCACCAGAAAAUCGAAGAACCCUUGGUGGAGAGUCGAUCUAAAUGAAACCCACCUCAUAUCAGAUAUAAGAAUCACCAACAGAGCAGACUGCUGCUCGGACCAACUCCAAGGGGCCGAGAUUCGCAUCGGGGACUCGCUAGAGCACGAUGGCAAUUUCAACAGACUGUAAGUAUUCAUAAGCAACCGCCUAAUCUAUCCAUCUUCGGUGCCUUCUACGAAUUAUACUGUUACUGGAACAAUAAUAACAUGAGUGGAUAAAAAAGAGAGAUGCAGCAGGUUAUGAAUGGUUUCGCUGCGGGUUAAAUACAAAAUGUCUUCCUCUACUCCGGGUGCGUGAGACAAUGAUACAGAGCCGUAGUCCACUAAUCCAAUGGCACGAGGUGCUGCCGUAUCGCUUUAGCGACGCGGGUUCAUAAAAGGAGGUGCAUAAAUCUGUAAUUGAAGUCAAUUCAAGUUAAGUAAUACUGAACCACCAGAUUGCAGUGACAAUGUUCAGGUAACCAAUGCCAAUGAAUGUGGCUCAUGUAGGCUCGAUCCACUCAGCGCUAUCUGUGUGUCCGAACGAACUGCAGAUGCAGAUUUAAACCGAAGAUAUACACAAAAACUGGAGUAACGGCGGGUUGGACAGGAGCUAUGGAGAAAAUGAAUAGCUGACGUUUCGGGUCGAGUCCAGUCUGAAGAAGGGUCUCAACCCGAAACACCACCUAUUCCUUUUCGCCAGAAAUGUUGCCUGACCCGCAAGGCCUCCUGUGUAUCCGGAACCUUUCCGGUUCCUAGCCAUCCGUUCGGAACACGAGCAAGUGGAUACGAUUUCAGCUAUUGCCGCGAGAGCCCCGCAUAUCCGCGGAACGUGUCAGUACACCAGCACAGGCCAAUGAUAACAUUUGAAACGCUUCAUCAUAUGCGCGAUCGAGACAGUGGAGCCUUAAAUCCCUCAUAUGUUUUAGCUGUGGAAUCGUUGAUUCGGUUUCUUGGAAGACAUUGACCUUCUAUUGCGGUGGAAUUGUCGGUCGAUAUGUGAACGUCAUCAUCCCAGGCCCGGAUAAAACGUUAACCCUGUGCGAGGUGGAGAUAUUUGGUUCAGAACUCCCGUACUUACAUGGAAAAGGUAGGCUGAACGUCCCGAAGAGGCUCUGGUUUAACACAGCCGUACAACUUAGUGGAGCGAUUCUCCCGCUGAUAACGUCUGAGGAUAACUUCCUUAUUGAAGCCCAGUACCAUCUCUCCCAAAGCUCUGCUCUUUCCUAUUCGUAGUUUAGUCACCGAUAUUGGACCCUCGUUGUGUCCGAACAUGAGCCACAGUGCGUGUUCAUGAAAUCCCUGAGACACUCUGUGCACACGCUCUCAUCCAUUUCGUCAGGAGACCUUAUGCUUAUAAACACCAGCUACACACCAAACAAUUACACACUUAAUGAAGAGUAUCACCUUGCUAUCAUAGACUUAACCUAAGUAGUUGUAAAUCCCAAUAUUUUAUCCCCUCAGUAGGUAUGUUGCAAAGCCUACCUGAAACGUCGCUGAAAAUCUGGCGCUGCGGAUGUGCGCGAUUUUAGCGACGUUUUAAGGGGGCGGGUUUAAAACGCGAUUUUCACUAGGCUGUUCCAAUCGAAGAUGUUCAGCCUAGUAAAUCAUUAACGAAAAAUCGCUGAAAGACCCCGUCGCAAAAGGUAUAAUUAGUUUUUAUGGCCUUGUAUAAUAGUUAUAAUAGUUUAAACAUCACUCUCUAAACCCGCGACCUCACGCAACCACAGGGCCGCAUGGAGCUGUAUACAGAAGGUAUAUAGCUUAUUUUUACAUUAAAAGGGGCUUCUUAAGAACCUUUUAUACAAAGUUUACUAUUGCGAGUAGCUAAUUUUGGGCUCUUUAUAUCCCGCAGUAUUUUUCUGGGCAUUUGGGGGUACAAAUCUAGCGCAAUGUGAACGUUCUAAACCAGCGCGUUCACAGGAUCCCACUAGAAAGCUGAUUUAAAUGGACUUUAAUUUACAGCAAUUGAACACUAAAUUCCUUCCAUUUGGCCUAUAAAUUAAUGCAAAUGAGAUUGAAAAAUCAUGUUUUAUUGUGAAUUAUUCAUGAAUAUUAUUUGGACACUUGGGCUAUUUAAAAAUGUUAAUCAUUUAUUAAGGAAUGGA